AUGCCACUGCUUGCACUCGCCAUUGGCAUUUAUUUCGGGCAUACGGCGUCUCAAGUGUACCGCUCAACGGUAUCCACAAAAGGCAUUGCGCAUGAACUCGGGACCUUGGAGCACGGAUUCGUGACUGAGAAAAUACGUACGUUGCCCCCACAUCUGUAUGAGAUCGAACAGCGACGCUUCACCGGCAGCGUGGGCUUCCUACCCGACGGAACGAAAACUUUGGUGUUCGAUCCGGCCGAGCCAGUGUAUGUUGGUGACCCAAGCCCGGAAAUUGACCGGAACUGGGACGAACUCGUCGAAGAUAGAUAUUGGUCUAUUUCGGAGGAUGAGGCCAAGAUGCUUUGGGGCGUUGGACAUGAGCGAUAUCGCGAUCAUGCCAAAGGAGGGUAUACGGGAGGAUUCGAUGUUUUCCACAUGUUGCACUGUUUGAACAUGUUAAGGAAAAACCUCCGCCCAGAUUACUAUCCAGGAGACCAUGUCCUUUUCGGUGGAAUCGAACACAACAUGCAUUGCAUCGAUCAAAUCCGGCAACGCAUUCAAUGCUCUGCUGACGGCACCAUCACACCGCUGAGGUAUCAACCUGCGAUCGAUUAUAUGUAUGUAGACUCCAACCAGGUGCAUACGUGUCGGAAGUUUCAGAAUUUGUGGGAUUAUACGAGGCAGAGGGUUAAUGGGAGUUUGGCGGUGCCUAGGAUUCAGUGGUAG